GGCCUGAGGGAGGGCGCACAGCCAGGCCCGGGACCCAGGGGGUCGGGGUCGCCCAGCCCCGAGCCCCGGGGCAGAGGCAUUGGAGGAGAAACAGAAGAUGGCAGCCCUACAUACAACUCCAGACUCCCCAACCUCCCAGCUGGAGAGAAUGGAAGUCAGACCAGAGUGUGAAGUUGAUCAUGAGGAAAGGGAGGGGAGCCCAGAUCUGGUUGAGGACAGCCCAGAGGAGAUUGAGGGGAGUCCAGAGCCGAUGGAAGAGAGCCCAGAUGAGGGUGAGGGGAGCCCAGAGCCAAUUGAGGGCAGCCCAGAAGAGGACGAGGGCAGCCCAGAGGAGGAUGAAGGCAGCCCAGAGGAGGAUGAACGCAACUCAGAGCUGAUUGAUGGAAGCCCAGAGGCCAUUGAUGACCUCCCAGAGCUCAUUGAUGGCAUCUCAGAGCCCAUCCUGGGCAGCCCAGAGCCCAUGAUGGGUAGCCCAGGGCCUAUCGAUGACAUCCCAGAGCCCAUUGAUGGCAUUUCAGAGCCCAUCAUGGGCAGCCCGGAGCCUAUCGACAGCCUCCCAGAGCCCAUCAUGGGCAGCCCAGAGCCUGUCGAUAGCAUUUCAGAGCCCAUCAUGGGCAGCCCAGAGGUGAUUGAGGGCAGCCCAGAGCCUAUAAUGGGCAGCCCAGAGGUGAUUGAGGGCAGCCCAGAGUCCAUUGAGGGUAGCCCGGAGCCGAUCAUGGGCAGCCCAGAAGUGAUUGAGGGCAGUCCAGAGCCCAUCGAGGGUAGCCCAGAAGUGAUUGAGGGCAGCCCAGAGCCAGAACCACAGGGACCAUUGAGCCAUGACUCUAAAAUGGAGUCCCCAGUUCUUCAGGAGAAGGCUGUGUCAGUUUCCUGGGUUCCAGCUAUUUUUAAGAAAGAGGUCCUUGAUGAUGAUGAGACAUCGACUGACUUCCUAACUACUGAGUCCCAGGGACUGGUGACAUUUGAAGAUGUAGCUGUAUAUUUCUCUUUGGAGGAGUGGGGAAGGCUAAAUGAAGCUCAGAAGGAUCUUUACAAGGAAGUCAUGCAGGAGAACUAUGGGAUUCUGGUGUCCCUGGGUUAUCCAAUUCCUAAACCUGAUGUAAUCUCUCGAAUGGAGCGUGGGGAAGAAUUGUGGGUCCCAGACAGCCCUGUUCUUGAGGAAGGAGAUAUUGUAACUGGUGUCUACACAGGUGGUUGGUUCUGGAAUGAGGAUGAGGAGGAUGAAGAUGAGGAUGAAGAAGAAGGCCCUUUGGAGACCCCUGAGGAAUCGGAGCCACCAGGAGUAUGGUCAGCAGCCUAUGGUGUGGGAGAUGUCCCUGGAACCUGGGGACCUGAUGAUUCCAUCCAGGUCCAGUCAACAGAUUUAUGGGGAGGAGACCCCUCAAAUAUGAGCAUGGUCACUGAAGGACAAGAGAUCAAGCCCAUUCUUCAUAGUGGGGAGGCAGGUGCCCCACUCCUGCCCCCCUGGGCAUUCUCAGCAGUGGUGGAAGCAGCUGGGGGCAGGCCAGAGACAACGUGUGAUGUGUGUGGGAAGGUGUUCCCUCAUCGGUCAGGGCUGGCCAAGCACCGUCGCUACCAUGCAGCUGUGAAGCCUUUCGGUUGUGAAGAGUGUGGAAAGGGUUUUGUUUAUCGUUCUCAUCUGGCUAUUCACCAGCGCACACACACAGGAGAGAAGCCCUUCCCCUGCCCUGACUGUGGCAAGCGCUUUGUCUAUAAGUCCCACCUGGUAACCCACCGACGUAUCCACACAGGUGAGCGGCCCUACCGCUGCUCCUUCUGUGGGGCUGGCUUUGGCCGCCGAUCCUAUCUGGUGACGCACCAGCGCACCCACACAGGCGAACGGCCAUACCCUUGUCCCCAGUGUGGCCGCAGUUUCAGUCAGAGCUCGGCCCUUGCCCGCCACCAGGCUGUCCACACUGCGGAGAAGCCUCACUGCUGCUCUGAUUGUGGACGGGCCUUUAGACUUCGAGCAGACUUCCAGCGUCAUCGAAGGGGUGGGAAGUGCUCUGAUCUUAGAGAAGAAGCGAGAAGAGAAGAGAGUGAGGGACCUGAGUUGGGUGGGGAGGGUUUGGACCCUGUAAAUGAAGGCCCUGUUCUAGAUAGGAACUACCCUGAAUUGGGGAAUGGCUUUGGGGAAGGGGAAGGUCCUUCUCACCCUCUUGACUUCCACUUCCCACUGCCACCCAAAUCUUGGCUCCAUGGAGAGAACCUCCCAAUGUUAGCCCUUCAGGAUUUUGGAGAAAGGGUGGCCCACGAGUUGGUUGAUGCUCCCCCUAUCCCUGGUCAUUUAGGGGGUCAGAUCUCUCUAAUUGAUGGGACAGCAAUGCCUUGUGACCCCUGUGCUAGUGGACUGCUAUCUUUUGGCCCUUCUGUUGGGAGCCUCCUUUCUGACCCCCAGCCUUCUUCCAUGUUGGAAGAAGAGACUCCAUGGAUAUGCUCUGACUGUGGAAAGACCUUUGGGCGUCGGGCAGCCCUGGCUAAGCACCAGCGCUACCAUGCUGGGGACCGGCCACAUCGCUGUGCAGACUGUGGGAAGAGCUUUGUGUAUGGGUCUCACCUGGCACGGCACCGGCGCACACACACAGGUGAACGCCCUUUCCCCUGUCCAGAGUGUGGGGCUCGCUUUGCCCGCGGCUCCCACCUGGCUGCUCACGUGCGUGGCCACACUGGGGAGAAACCUUUUGUGUGUGGGGUUUGUGGAGCUGGAUUUAGCCGCAGGGCCCACCUGACAGCCCAUGGGCGGGCACACACGGGAGAACGACCCUAUGCCUGUGGGGAGUGUGGGCGGCGUUUUGGGCAGAGUGCAGCCCUGACUCGACACCAGUGGGCACAUGCAGAGGAGAAGCCACACCGGUGUCCUGACUGUGGCAAGGGCUUUGGCCAUAGUUCAGACUUUAAGAGGCACCGAAGAACCCAUACUGGGGAGAAGCCCUUCCGUUGUGCAGACUGUGGACGGGGUUUUGCCCAGCGCUCUAAUCUGGCUAAGCACCGGCGGGGUCACACGGGUGAGCGGCCCUUCCCUUGCCCUGAGUGUGGGAAGAGGUUCUCACAGCGCUCUGUGCUGGUCACCCACCAGCGAACGCACACAGGGGAACGGCCCUAUGCGUGUGCAGCUUGUGGCCGUCGAUUCUCCCAGAGCUCUCAUCUCCUCACCCACAUGAAGACUCAUCGUGGGACAACGACAACUGGGCCAGCAGCCAAAGCAGAAGGGCCAGGGCAGAACCAAGCGAGCAGGCCUUCUGGGGAGAAAGGGGACAGUAGUAACACUGUGGUGGAAUUUGGGGGAAACUCUAGCUUUGCAUCUGAGGGAUCCACCAUGUUCCCUGGCCCCUCCUGCUCUUAUGAGGAGACCCUCAUGUGAGGUGGGUGAGGAGGGAGCUGGGAGGAGGCAAGUCCCAAGAGACCAUUUGUCCCUUCCUUUGUGACUCCCCAUGCACAGGGAGCUGGGUAUAGGAAGUAACCCCUGUGAGAUCUCCUGCGUGUCACCUGACUUCGUGCUCCUUCCUCCUUCUCUCUUUAGACAGUGGCCCAGGCGGGAGGGAGCUGGGCUUAGCUGCUUUCUCUGAAGUCCCUGGCACUUCCCGAGCUCCUCACAUUUGUGAUUCUCUCCUGCUCCAGUUCUCUGAUAGGAAGCUACAUCUCUGAAUGGGGCUGGCAAGGAAGAGGUGGCCUUUGGGCAGGGUGGGGUGAGAGCUGGGGUUUAGGAAAGAUUGAAAAGAUGCAGAAGAGUGAAGGUUGGUGUCUCAGCAGCCUGGAAUAUGAUGCCAUUUGGGGCUUAUAUCGUAGAGCGAACCAAUAGUCAUGAAUGGUGGUGUUAUUUAUUUUACUCUGAUGCAGAAUUGGGUGGGAAAAAACCCUCACGUGGUUUUCUUCUCUGUAAGCCUGGGUUUGAGCAACAGAAGGAGGCUCUUACUUGGUAGCAUAGGACUAGAUAAAGGGAGCAGGGGUGUCUGUGAAUCAAAGCGUAAGUCUGGGUUGCAGGUGCAGUGGGCGGAGCUGAGUGACUUUUAACUUGCAGGUAUGGAAUUCCCCCCCCCCCUUCUCAGCUAACUUUGUAAAAAGUGUUUGGUUAAUGGGUGACUUCAGGUCAAUUCAGUUCAUUUUAAUAUUGACUAGGAAGUGAUGUAAGAACCUGGUAAUUCCUGUUGCUGCCAAGUGGUAUCACUCUGGCAAGUUGAGUCCCUAUUCUAGGGGUAAAACUAGAUAAUUUCUAAGGUCCCUUCCAUCUCUAACAUUUUGUCUUCUAUGUUCUAAAGUCCUUUCCAGUU